AUGGCUCCCAUCGAUACCGCCCCGCGGGCCCUGUUCCUGUUGCCCGCGCUGUCCCUGCCACUGAGCAGACCUUCUCUGCGUACGGCAUAUAAAGGAACCUUCGAGGCUCUACUCGCAAAGCUCAAAUCCAAGCUAUCCAAGGACUCGAUCUAUCGUCUCGACAUCGCUGUGGCCUUGUCCACUUCCUACCCAUCUACUGUCUCUACCUCCCGGACCGCGCUCUUUCCGGACCUCCAGACUCUCAUCCAGGAAACCUACACCCUCGUUUGCCUCACCGCCGUCUCUGCCGACAUCGACCUCGACAUCCCCGGCGGCAUUGACGUGCGUAUCAUCCUGAUUGACCCCGCGUCGGCCACCGAGCAAGCCCACAUCUCUGGUCCCCUCAUCACAUUCCCAACACUCCUUUCCGCCCCACCGCCGUCCCUCAUCUUCAGUACUGAAUCCGAAUCCGGAAUCACCCUUGACAAGGCCUUCAUUACGGCCUAUCAGUCCAUCCACCGUUCCACACCCUCCAUCAGUCGCCUACCCUGCGGGCCAUCCCUCACGACCAGCAUUCCUACUUCGCCUCUCCUUGCCAGCACCUUCCAAUCCAUCACCACAGCGCCCACACCCCCAUCUCAAGUCCACCACUCCGUCGCCGUAGGCGGCACCUUCGAUCACCUGCAUAUCGGCCACAAGCUCCUACUGACCGCCACCCUCCUCCUCGCCUCCCCAACCCCGCCGAGCCAGCACCGUACCAUAACGGUCGGAAUCACCGGCGACAGCCUUCUCACCAAGAAAUCCCACGCCGCGGUCUUGGAAUCCUGGAGCACGCGCCAGCAGCGCUGCGCGGCCUUCAUCGACGCAAUCCUCGCCUUCCACAACGACACCGCCUCUCUGCGCUCCACCAGCGAGCAAGACGAGCUGGGCCCCAACGGCAAAGUCGUACGCGUGACGUACACGCCGCCCACCGGCGCGAGCGGCCGGCCAGCCGACAGCGCCAUCACGAUCAACUACACGCGCAUCGAAGAUCCAUAUGGCCCCACCAUUACGGACGAGAGCAUCUCGGCGCUGGUGGUGAGCGCUGAGACGCGCGCGGGCGGAGCAGCAGUCAAUGAGAAGCGGCGAGAGAAAGGGUGGCGGGAGCUGGAGGUCUUUGAGGUGGGCGUCUUGGAUGCGAGUCCCGGCGAAGGUGACGACGAGGCGGACGGAGAAGAUGUGCGAAAGGGGUUUGCAGGGAAGAUCAGCAGUACGGAGAUCAGGAAGCGGUUGGCGGGCCAGGCGGAGAACGGCACGUGA